AUGCCAGGUUAUCGCAAUGGCCAACGAUCACUGCUUACCGUUGACGACUUUCGUCUGGAAGCUGCGUUGAAAUUGAGUAAGAUGGCCAGCGAUUACUAUGAAGCAGGAGCUGAUGAGCAGUUGACGUUAGCCCGAAAUGAGAACGCCUACCGUAGACUGCUCAUUCGUCCACGAUGCCUACAAGACGUAUCGAAACCGGACACAUCUGUAGGGUGGUUCGGAAGGAAACACAGUUUUCCUAUCGGAAUCGCGCCAACAGCUUUUCAUCGUAUGGCUCAUAAAAGCGGUGAAUUGAGUACGCUCUACGUAUACAAAGAGCGAUCAAUCGCUUCAGCACUCGUUUGCCGAGCUGAACAAUCAGGAUACAAGGCGAUAGUUUUAACGGUGGAUACUCCAGUUCUCGGAAGACGUCUAAUCGAUGCAAGGAAUGGAUUUACUCUUCCGGAUGGAUUAAACACUAAAGUUGGAGAAUCUGGAUUCAUGCAUUACGUCUCCAGUCAGAUCGAUUCCACAUUGGACUGGUCUGUUGUAGACUGGUUGCUAAGGACAACAAGACUCCCAGUGCUCGUGAAAGGCAUAAUGCGAGGUGAUGAUGCAGACGAAGCUGUACGACGAGGAGUACAGGGCAUCAUCGUUUCGAACCACGGAGGACGACAAAUAGACAGCGCGCCGGCGACUAUAGAGGUCCUGCCUGAAGUCGUACGAGCUGUACUAGGAAGAGUCCCAGUGUUCAUCGAUGGUGGGAUUCGAAACGGCCGUGACAUUUUCAAAUCGAUAGCACUAGGAGCUAGUGGAGUGUUCGUCGGACGUCCCAUACUCUGGGGUCUUUCGGUCGAUGUAAGUCUUGUUCUCAUAAAUUUCUUAAUCUCACGUAAAGAAACUUAA